GCCCGUCGCCGGGAGCGACUCCUCUCACGGAAGCAGGGCUACUCCUGGCGGGCCGAGGUGGAAGCGGCUCAGAGACAAAGGCAAGGGGACCCCGUGGAGCCCGCUGAGCCCAAGAGGGCUGAGAAGACGGACGACGAGGUCCAGGAUGCAGCCACGAAGCGGAGGCUGCAGAUCGAGGAGCAGCAAAGGAAGCGCAGGGAAGAAGAAGAGAGGCGCAAGCAGUCUGCGAACUCGGACGUUGACAAAGCUGUUUCUGGAAACGAGACGUACGAGGAGAAGAAGCUGCGGCUUAUGGCCCUUGCCCGAAAGAAGCGUGAGGAAGUGGCGGCUACGGCAAAAUCCAGGCUGGCAAAGAUGCGCUUCUCCGGCGAAAGCGACGAGGACUCCGACCAGGUCGACGACUUCAUGGUGUCCGCUCGGCGGGCAAAG